AUGUCCGCUCCUACUGAAUUCAAGCUCAACACUGGCGCCACCAUCCCCGCCAUCGGCCUCGGGACAUGGCAGGCCAAGCCGGGAGAGGUGCGAGGUGCGGUCUCGCAUGCGUUGAAGUCGGGGUACAAGCACAUUGAUGGGGCUCUUGUCUACGGCAACGAGGACGAGGUCGGACAAGGCAUCAAAGACUCCGGUGUCGACCGCAAGGACAUCUUCCUCACCUCCAAGGUCUGGUGCACGUUCCACGACCGCGUCGAGGAGUGCCUCGACAAGACCCUGGCCUCGCUCCAGACGGACCACCUCGACCUGUACCUCAUCCACUGGGGCGCGCGGAUGAUCCCCAAUGAGACGAGCGGGAUGUUCCCCCUCAAGCCGGACGGGAGCCGCAACAUGGACUUUGAGUGGUCUCAAUCCCAAACAUGGGAGCAGAUGGAGGCCGUGCUUGCCAAGGGCAAGGUCAAGGCGAUUGGUGUCAGCAACUUCAGCGUCUUGAUGCUCGAAGACCUGAAGAAGAAGUGGAAGGUCGUCCCGGCUGUGAACCAGGUCGAGCUCCACCCGUACUGCCCCCAGCACGAGCUCAAGAAGUAUUGCGAGGACAACGGUAUCCUCAUGCAGGCCUACUCUCCCCUCGGAUCCACCUCAUCCCCUCUCCACGCCGACGCCGACCUCAAGGCUAUCGCCGAGAAGCACGGUGUCUCCACCUCCACCAUCCUCAUCUCCUGGUCGGUCUGCCGCGGUGUCGUCGUCCUCCCCAAGUCGGUCACUCCCUCGCGUAUCGAGUCCAACCUCCAGGUCGUUACCCUCAGCAAGGAGGAGAUGGCCAAGCUGGAUGGCCUCGCGGCGGCGGGCAAGCAGCAGCGGGUCAACACCCCCAACUGGGGUACCGACUUUGGCUUCUCGGACUGGUAUGGCGUUGGGAACAAGAACGCCCCGGAGGGCGCCAAGCUCUUGGCUGGGAAGGCCUGA